UCGGACAGUCAGACGGACAGACAGGCGGCCAAAGACGACACAACCCUAUCUCAGUCAGGAUGUCGAUCACUAAGAUUCACGCUCGGGAGAUUCUGGACUCCAGAGGAAACCCCACAGUUGAGGUUGAUCUGUGGACCGAGAAAGGUCACUUCAGGGCAGCAGUUCCCAGCGGUGCCUCCACCGGAGUCCAUGAGGCUCUGGAGCUCCGCGAUGGAGACAAGGCCCGCUACCUGGGCAAAGGUACCCUUAAGGCUGUUGACCAUGUGAACAAGGACAUCGCCCCCAAGCUGAUUGAGAAGAAAUUCAGCGUUGUCGACCAGGAGAAGAUCGACAAGUUCAUGCUGGAGUUGGACGGCACUGAGAACAAAUCUAAGUUCGGAGCUAAUGCCAUCCUGGGAGUGUCGCUGGCCGUCUGCAAGGCUGGAGCUAAGCAGAAGGGCGUUCCUCUGUACCGCCACAUCGCUGACCUGGCCGGUCACAAGGAUGUCAUUCUUCCAGUUCCCGCCUUCAACGUCAUCAACGGUGGAAGCCACGCCGGCAACAAACUGGCCAUGCAGGAGUUCAUGAUCCUGCCAGUCGGUGCCUCCAACUUCCACGAGGCCAUGAGGAUCGGUGCUGAGGUCUACCACAACCUGAAGAGUGUGAUCAAGGCAAAGUACGGCAAAGACGCCACCAAUGUGGGAGAUGAGGGUGGUUUCGCCCCCAACAUCCUGGAGAACAAUGAGGCUCUGGAGCUGCUGAAGUCUGCCAUUGAGAAGGCCGGCUACCCCGACAAGAUCAUCAUCGGCAUGGACGUUGCUGCCUCUGAGUUCUACCGCGGCGGAAAGUACGAUCUGGACUUCAAGUCCCCCGACGACCCCGCCAGACACAUCAGCGGAGAGAAGCUGGGAGACCUGUACCGUGACUUCAUCAAGCACUACCCCGUCCAGUCCAUUGAGGAUCCAUUCGACCAGGAUGAUUGGGAGCAGUGGUCCAAGUUCACCGCCUCUACAGACAUCCAGAUCGUAGGAGACGACUUGACUGUGACCAACCCCAAGAGAAUCCAGACCGCCGUGGAGAAGAAGGCCUGCAACUGUCUGCUGCUCAAAGUCAACCAGAUCGGCUCCGUCACCGAGUCUAUCCAGGCAUGUAAGCUGGCUCAGAAGAGCGGCUGGGGUGUGAUGGUCAGCCAUCGCUCCGGAGAGACUGAAGAUACUUUCAUCUCUGACCUGGUGGUCGGACUCUGCACCGGACAGAUCAAGACCGGCGCCCCCUGCAGGUCAGAACGUUUGGCCAAAUACAACCAGCUGAUGAGGAUUGAGGAGGAGCUGGGAGCCAAGGCCAAGUUCGCCGGUAAGGACUUCCGUCACCCCAAGGUCAACUAAAGCCUGCUGCCCAACCCCCCCCGCGCCUGUCGCCACGGCAACUGACGAAGCGGCAGGUGUGACUCUGCCUGAUGAUGUUUUCUAUAAAAAAAACACAAACAUUCAAUAAAGAUUAAAGAAUAAAACA